CCCACCCCCCCUCCCCCUGCCCCCCCUCCCUUGUUCCCAGCCACAAAUUGGAAUUGCAGACACCGAGCCAGACAGGAUCCUAUCCCGGAGAUAAGAGGCUGGCAGACAAGACGUGACAGACGCAGGCAUGGCUCGCCUCAACUGGUGCCUGGCUGCCGUCAUCAGCUGGGGCAAGUUCCUCUUUGCCUGCUUCUUCCCUCUGCGGGGGGCCAAACGAGACAAGCCCGACGAGCUGGAGGGCGUCCACACACACACCUUCAAGCUGAAGCCCUUCAAGAAGGCCAAGAGCUGCGAUAUAUGCAAGCAGGCCAUCACCAAGGAGGGCCUCAUCUGCAAGGCUUGUCGGUUAUCCUGCCAUAAGAAAUGUGAAGUUAAGGUCACCACGUCAUGUCAAACAACUACCAACUAUGAGCUGCCUCCCACUCCUCAGCUGCCAUUAAAGCAUGUAGAUACACCGGGAUCGACAAGAUCCUGCAAGAGCGUGGAGAUAAGGCGAAAGCAGUCCCGGAGUCAGAGCGUGGUCCCGGCCAUGGAGGAGAGCUACGAGGUGGACCUGGUCUACAUCACGGAGAGGAUCAUCUCCGUCUCGUUCCCUGCCGGCGCCGAGGAGCGCAGCUACAACGCCAACCUCAAGGAGGUGGCGACCAUGCUGCGCUCCAAACACGGCGAGCACUACCUGGUGCUGAACUUGAGCGAACAGAGGAACGACUUAUCGAAACUGAAUCACAAGGUCUUCGAGUUCGGCUGGCCGGACCACCACGCUCCAGCGCUGGACAAGAUCUGCAGCAUGUGCAAGGCCAUCGACACCUGGCUCAACGGAGACCCCCGCAACGUGGUGGUGCUGCAUAACAAGGGGAACCGAGGUCGAACCGGGGUGGUGGUGGCUGCGUACAUGCACUACAGCAACAUAUCGGCAAGUGCUGAUCAGGCGCUGGACCGGUUCGCCAUGAGACGCUUCUACGAGGACAAAGCACUUCCAGUGGGACAGCCGUCACAGACCAGAUACGUCAGAUACUUCAACGGCCUUCUGUCCGGACACAUAAAGAUCAACAACAAGCCCCUCUUCCUGCACCACGUCAUCAUGCACGGCAUACCCAAUUUCGAAUCCAAAGGAGGCUGCCGGCCUUUCCUGAAGAUCUACCAGGCAAUGCAACCAGUCUACACAUCUGGAAUAUACAAUGUGCAAGGCGACAGCAACACCAGUAUCUGCAUCACCAUCGAACCCGGGCUGCUCCUCAAAGGAGACAUCUUGCUGAAGUGUUACCACAAGCGGUACAGGAACCCGACCAGAGACCAAAUCUUCAGGGUACAGUUCCACACGUGUGCCAUCCACGACCUCGGGGUGGUUUUCGGGAAGAGUGAGCUGGACGAGACCUUUAAAGAUGACAGAUUCCCAGAAUAUGGAAAGGUGGAGUUUGUCUUCUCGUACGGACCAGAAAAAAUUAAAGGUCUGGGCCACCUGGAGAACGGACCCAGCGUCUCUGUGGACUACAACACCCAGGACCCUCUGAUUCGCUGGGACUCCUACGAGAACUUUAUCCAGCGCUGGGAGGAAACCACCAACGGGGAGCACGAUGUUGGUCACACUCAAGGUCCACUUGAUGGAAGUCUUUAUGCAAGGAUCCGCAAGAAAGACUCCCUGGAGGGAGUUGUCACCAUCAACGGCCUCCCAGUCCAUGAAAAUCCUUUGACCAGCACCGAGAACCCGUUACAGCACGCCAGCCAUCCCCUGCAGACCGCCGAGCAGACUCUUCCCGUCACGGGACACACCUCCCUCCCGGCUGUUGAUCACACCCUGUCCGUCAGCAGCGACUCGGGAAACUCCACCGCGUCCAUCAAGACCGAUCGCACAGAUGAGCACAGCCAGUCUCUGCAGAGCGCCGCGAGUCACAACAACCCGGCGGUGACGCACCCGCCCAUCAGCCCGCAGGAGAAGCGAGAGCUCGACCAGCUCCUGACCGGCCUCGAGGCCCCAAAUCAGAGGCAAGCUUACUUAUCCACGUCCACCAGUCCGGGAGGAGGAGUUCGACAUCUGGUCCCGGCGCAGGUGCACGUCAACGGGGGCCACGCCAGACUGAUUGGCGCCCCUUCGACAGAGGAGCGGGAAACGGAUAUCCUUGACGACGAGCUGCCUAAUAGCCAGGAAGGCAACAGUGUAGACAGCUUGGGCACCAUCUCGUCUUUAGAGGGCCAGGCGACACCCGCAGAUCACUACUACCAAUCGCAGACACCUGUCAGUGGCCAGAACGACGGGCCAUACCUGGAGAGGAGUGUCCUUGGAGAAAAGCUGAGCGAGAUGCCCGUGCAUGGAGUACAAGCCACUGCAGCAAUGCAGGAGAGGCCCGCGGACCCGCCGUUAACACAGGGGGGUUACAACAAUUACCAGAACGGAGGGGGGAUGUACCGCUCACAGUCCUUUGGGAACCCGGCCGUCGGCAGCCCCGAGAGCAACCCAAAGUCGAUGCCCAGGGCCCCUGAGAGGAGCACCAGCAGCAGGGAGGCUGUUCAAAGGGGUCUGAAUACGUGGCACCAGCACAGCCUUCCAGAUGACCCGUUCGGACCCCCUCUCCAGUCAACGCACAGCUUACCGCACUUCCCCACCUCUGCCUCGCAGAGGGACAUCGAGCAGUCGAUUGAGGCGCUAAACAUGCUCAUGCUUGACCUGGACCCAAUCAACUCCCACAUGUCCAAGUCUCACAGUGCGCCCCCUGGGGAGAAUAGCCUUAAUUCCACCCAGGUGCCCUUCUCCCAGACCCUGGCCAGACCCUCAUACCAAGCAGACUCUGCCAUCCAUGGCUAUAAUAACUCAGUUGGCAACAGCUUUCAUCAGCCGGCACGAUCGACUGGGAGGGUGACAACACUGCCCAACCAGAGCCCAGUUAUGGAGUCUCCUACGUAUUCUCCCCAGAGACCCAACGCUGGCUACCAACACCAAAACACCACUCCGACGCACACCCCCGAACCCUACCUCCACACGCGGCAGGCACCCCAUCACCAUGCCAUCGACCCCUCAUCGAAUUUCACCCAAAAGCCUAUGAACUCACACCCAGGUGGCGGGGUUUCACACUCCCCAGAUCUGCAAGGCUCCUCUCCAUACCCGGGCUACAGCGCCUCCUCCUCCCCCCUCCCCGCGCUCACCCCCCAGCCCAAGGACACGUCUUCUACAUCCUUGGCGAGAGAGCAAGACCCAGAGGAGGAGCUGAACCUGGAAGGCCUGGUGGCUCACCGCAUUGCUGGGGUGCGCUCCAGAGGAAUGACCCCUGAAGUGACGCAGGAGACGGGCAGGCGCCGCACCACGAGCGAGGGCCAUUACCAGAGCGGCCAUGAUUCGACGUCGGCUGUGCACUCAGCAGACUUUGCCAACAAUCUGGCGAUGAAUCCAGGAGGACGACCCAGAGAGGGUACGGUGCACAGCUACCGGGAGGCAUUCGAGGACAGCGAGGCAGACCGACUCGCCAGCAGCCCCAACUUUGCUGGCGGUGGUGAGAGUUCCCCGCCGACCCCCGGCUUCCCCGUAUCUCCACAGACUCCUUACUUCAACAUGCCUCGCUCCCCUCUGGGUUUGGCCAAGACUCCCCUGUCGGCGCUGGGCCUGAAGCCUCAUCAGCAGGGAGGAUCAGACUCUUCUGAUUCUAAUGAUGGAGACCAAGAUAAUCGUGGUUUUGGAGCUCAGCAGUUCAAUACUCCUCUGUCUUCCAGCAGUCCCAUCCACAGUGCUGAUGGUCGAGGGACUGGUUCUCCCAUGAACGCCAACCGGCCCGCCUCCCCCGAGGGCUCCCAGGUCAACAUCAUGGGCAUCCACACGGUCCCAGGCAGCCCCAACACGCUCCACCGCACGGUGGCCACCAACACGCCGCCAAGCCCCGCCCUCCAGAGACGCCUGGGUCAGGCCAGCCCCUCGCUGGCGAGACACCCGCCCCCGGGCGGCGUCCCGUCCAGCCCCCUGAUCGGGCGGAGCCCCAAAAUGGCGUCAGCCGGUGUGCCGCCCAGCCCCCUGAUGGGGCGCCGCGCGAUGGCGAGCACGCCCGAUGAGCUGGGUGCCGCGUCCCGCCAGGGCAGCUCCCAGCCGCCCGCCACGCCCGCCUUCCCCGUCUCCCCCCAGCUGCCUGAGAAGAGACACCUGUCCAGCGGAGACGCCGAGAACAAGAACCUGACGCUGACGCCGGUCAGCGGCGGAAGCACGCCCAACCUGUCCGGCGCGCUACCGGACGUCUCCAAGUCCAUAUACGAUGGGUAUCCGGACAUCAAGAUGAAUGUGAAGUUUGUGCAGGACACCUCCAGGUUCUGGUACAAACCGGAUAUCUCCAGAGAACAAGCCAUCAACCUGUUGAAGGACCGGGAGCCCGGCGCCUUCAUCAUCAGAGACAGCCACUCGUUCCGCGGCGCCUACGGCCUGGCCAUGAAGGUGGCGUGCCCGCCGCCGACGGUCCAGCAGAACAAGAAAGUCGGAGACAUGACGAACGAGCUGGUGAGACACUUCCUGAUUGAAACGAGCGCCAAAGGCGUCCGCCUGAAGGGCUGCCCCAACGAACCCUACUUCGGGUGCCUCUCGGCUCUGGUGUACCAACACUCCAUGACCCCGCUGGCCCUGCCCUGCAAGCUGAUGAUCCCCACCAAAGACCCAAACGAAGAAGCACUGGAGCUGGCCACGCCCACUGAUCCCGUCCUGGAGCUUCUCAAGCAGGGAGCAGUUCAGAAGGCUCCAGAAGAAGCUCAUGCGUGCAACGUCCUCUACAUCAACUCGGUGGACAUGGAGUCUCUGACGGGGCCUCAGGCCGUGGCCAAGGCCAUCAGCCAGACGCUGGCCAGCAACCCGCUGCCCGCCGCCACCACUGUGCACUUCAGAGUGUCGGCACAGGGCAUCACGCUCACCGACAGCCAGAGGAAGAUUUUCUUCAGACGGCAUUAUCCCAUCAGCACGGUCACUUUCUGCGACGUUGAUCCCCAGGACAGGAAAUGGGGUAAAGAAGGAGGCGGCUCAGUGAGGCUUUUCGGAUUCGUGGCCCGGAAACAAGGAAGCACAACAGACAACGUGAGCCACCUGUUCGCCGAGCUGGACCCCGACCAGCCCGCCUCCGCCAUCGUCAGCUUCGUCUCCAAGGUGAUGAAGCGAUGAGACCUCUCCGGCAUCAUGGCGACGGCGAUGUCGUUGGGAAACCCCUCUUUUUCGCCGGGACCGGACGGCGUCGAUCGAUUCUUUCUGUCUCUCUCUCUCUCUCUCUCUCUCUCUCUCUCUUGCUCUCUCUCUCUCUUUUGUCCUCUCCGCCUUGCCCGGUUUGUCUUUUUUUGAAGGCAUCAGUGUGGAUCCAGAGUGGAGCUGUGCACGUGACAAACAUGGAGGAGAAACGGCGUCCGCCGGGGUCGCCGGCCCUCCCGCUGGGAGGAGAUCAGAUGCAAAGGGGGACUUUGUACGUUUCAGGGUUUUCUCUGUUCUUUGUUUUUUUUUUUUUUUUUUGUUGAUUUACCAAAGGUAGUUGCAAUACAAAUGUGCAAGAAUGAUGUAGCUACUUAAGCCAUUGUUACUAUUAUUUUAUUUUGAAAAGACGAAGAAGUGGAGGGAAAAAAAGAAAAGGAAAAAAACGUUUUUUUCUUCUCGAACUUCAGGAAAAAAGUUGAGCCUUAACGGCUUUGAAGACUUUAUGCAUGUUAGCUUGAUCUUUAAGCUCGAUUCUUCUAACUUCUUCCUCAAAGACACAAAGAAAAAAAAAAAAGAAGUGGCGAAAGCGUUGGAGCGGCCGAUUUCUGGGUCUGUUGUGUGUUUUGGAAAGGGCUCUUGCAGUGAUUAAAAACUGCGCAUGGCAGACCAGAUUUUAAAAUAUAUAUGAAUAUAUAGAUACAACAAGAAGAGGAAGAUUAAAAAAAAAAAGAAUAAGCAGAAGAACAAAAGAAAAAGCCACUCGCAUCACCUCAAGACUGUUCGUCCACCAGAUGGCGCCGCCGCUCAUUCGGGCUCCUCUCGCUGCUUUUUGCAAGUUUGAAAAAAACACACUGGAAAAAAAAAACAAAAAACAAAACCCAGAGGAGCUGGACCUAUGCACUGUUC